AUGAAACCGCCAAUAAUGAGAGAAUUGGAUGCCGAAUUCAAUGAGUAUCUUAAAAGCACAAAUAUCAGCACUGUUCUAAUCCAGUACAUUACUUCAGCGAGGCUCUAUUUGAAGAAGAAUAACUACGCCUUUGAUCAGGAAGAACUUACAGGAGUAUGCUUUCGUCUAUUGAAAGGAAAUAUUUAUGAAACUGGGAAGUUCCCAUUCAAGUAUUUUAAAGGUAUGUUGGAUCGGUGGAUGCAUACGUAUAUGACAAGACGGUCAGGCCUUCGGGACGUCUUUAAGGAUUUGGAGGCUCCUGAUAUCUCAGAAAUUGCAAAGGCAAUUAAGAUUGUCUUUCCAAGUCCCGAAGAACAAAAUAGACUCCUCAAAAGGACUCGGGAUUUUCAAAAAGAUUCCAUUGAAAAAUUCAUAGCCGCAAACUUACCAAAACAUCCCGUGGAAAAAGGUUAUGAUGAACAAAGUGAAGAGCAAGAAAGAGAAAGUGAAGGACGAGAACAAGAAAAUGAAAAGCGAGAAAGAGAAAUUGAAGACGCGCCAAUAUCACAAAGAAAACAAAAAAGAACACGCGUAGCUCCAAAGAUUCUCGAUUCAGAAGACACCGACAUCUCUGUUAAUAAUUCAAGCUUAUUCACCAAAGAGACAAUUGAGCCGGUUCCUACAACGAGAGUAUUAAGAAGACGAAAAGCUCCGUCGGAUACGGUGAUUAAUGAGGUAAUUGAAAAACCAAAAGCAAAAAAAGGUACUCCAGCCCUACCCAAUGAAACACAAACGAAUAAAGCGGCAAGGAACACCAAAACUGCCCUUCAGGGAAGGACCCCUAUCUCUAAUAGACCAACCAUCUCGAACAGAACUGCCUUAAUGAAUGAUGAUAUGAGAUCAAAUGGCAUAAUCUCUGCACCAAAAACAAAAGAGCAACAAAAGAGCAAAAUUUCUACUGCUUCCCGGCCUAGUAUUGCUAAAAGAUCCGAAUCCAGGGGUAAUGCCCCAGAAUCUCUCAGGAAAGAGAUUGCCGCUGUGGAAAUAAAAAAACCAUUUGACUCAGAGGAAACAGAUACAGAAUCCGACUUUGAAAAAUUACAGAACGAAAAUGAGGGGGAUCAGAACCAGGACAUUCUAAGAGAUUUGAUUAGAUCGUCAAGCUUAAAAGAUCUUGGGCAAUUUGACCUCGAGAAAGCGGUGGAAAUAAUAUCUGCGAGCGAGCGAGAUAAUGAAGCCGGUUUUAUAUCGCCUUUUGAGAAACGAGAAAUCCCAGACCGUCGAAUUCCAAAUGAUUUGGCAGACGCCACUAAGUUUUUCGAUAGUAAGCAGCUUGCAGUGUCCGAAUCUCAGGAUUUGGUUACCAUUAAUAAGGAACUGCUUGGGACUGAUGGUGAUGAGGCCAAAUUAAGAUUAUACAUUCAGGAUAAUAUGACUGACAACAUUUUGGAAUUCCAACUUCAAAUUGACGAUAUACACUACAAAGUGCUUGAGGAUGUCUUGUUAUCAGGGGCAAGUUUAACAGCUUUUAGCAAAGCAGCCUCAAUAGUAGAUAACUCCUUUAAUUUUGAGCCAACUAUGGAAACUGUCCUCAGAAACUCUCUCAGGAUUGCUACAAAAGAAGGGACAACGCAUUAUACCCCUAUUUACAAUCUUAUUAGAGCUCUUGUUGGUAAUGACUAUUUGAUGAGAUAUAUUAAAAGUAAACGAUACAAAAGAGAAGCCUAUUUUAAUGUGGAUGUUUUCCAAAAUGCUUUUGCUCAGGAAAAGGAUGACACGUUAUAUUUUUAUUUUGAUCUUUUCACCAAAAAAAUUGCAUCAAGUGGGGGCUCACAGAACUCAUGCGUGGUAUAUCAAAUCCUCAAUAUUCCAUUAGAGGCUCGUAAAUCCAGAAAAUUUAAGAUUUGCAGUGGAGUUACGGAAGAACUAAAUAACUUGCUAAAACUAUCGUUUUUGGAGGUUGAUGUCAUCAAUCAAAAUUGGGAUAUUGAUGGGCUAAAAAUUCAAGUGGUACCAAUAGUUAGCUCGAGUGAUUAUUUGAGUGCUGUAGAUCUAUUAUCACUAAAGGACCCAAAUAACCGGAAGCCUUGCGGUAUCUGUGAAACCGAAUUAAUUUUCAAUGAUGAUGACUUAGGGAAAACGAAAAGGAAUGAAAACGAUUGGACUCAUAAAGCUCGUGACAUGAGUAACGAAGAAGUAUAUGCUAGAAGCGGAAUUAUGUGGAAACCGUAUUUUUCCAAUAAAUGGCAAAUGGUAUAUCAAUUGAAUCAUUUCAAGCUAAGUCAGUUCCGAACUGUUCUAGAAAUGAUCCAUUCGGUAUUGGAUGAUGAGGAUAUUGAACUUCUUAAUGCUAUUUCUAAAAGCAUUACUCCCCCAAAUGAUAAACCAAAACUUGCAGUGGAUUUGUUCCCUCCAGAUAAUUUAACGAGUAGUGAUUUUGACAUCGCCAUGUGCAUUUUACCAAUUAUUGUUUAUCAAUUGGAGCGAGUUGUUGAAGCUGAUUUUGAAACGCUUUUAAUUUUGUUUUUCGAAUAUCAGUUGAUCAUCAAAAAGCAGUUUUAUACCCAGCAAGAGUUUACCUUCCUUCAUGCUUUCCCAUAUAUGUUUUUCGAUUUAAUGAGAAGAUGCUUUAGACCUACUGAGGAAGAAAGUCAGAAAUUUUACACUUUACAAUUGCAUCAGUUAUAUCAUACUUGGAAUCUUGUUCGAGCGGUGGGACCUUUGGCUUGUUAUGAGAGCGAAGGUCUUCAACGGGAAUUAGAGUUUAUCGAAGAUCUUGUUAAAUCAUGCCGAUAUUUGCCCAAAGCGUAUGAUUACAAACUUGCUGCUAUGAAUAAUCUCAAGUAUUUCAACAUUUCCCUUUGGAUUCCCGAAGAAAGUGUGAUAUUGAAGGACGAAGCGGAAAAUGGCAAUUUCAACAAAGUCUACUUGCAAAAGCUUGAUGAGACAAUUACAGACUGUUAUGUUGCUAUAGGCAAUGAUUUGAUCAAAGUCGAGACUUAUUACACUAGUGUGCAAGGCCCUAAAACCUCGCAAAACUUUAUGGGGAAAGUUGUUGAUCCAGGAAGAUGCAAAAUCUUUUAUGGUAUCUCAAAGCAAAUUUUGUGCGUCACUGUGUCUUCUGAUAACAGUGAUGAUGAAAUACUUGAAAGCUUUGAAGCGGUUAGGAUUGAAAAAUUGUUUUAUGUUUGCGAUCAUUUCUCAAACCAAGGGAAGAUUCUAUUGAUACGGCAAUGUUAA